AUGCUUCAAGAGGCCAAAGUCAGUACCCACACAUCAAACCCUUUGUCACAGAGCGUGCCACAGUACGGGCACAGCUUUGACGAGGCGACGAGGGUGGAGCGCUUGGAUUCUGCACCCGAGUCUCUGGCAUCAGUAGCUUCGACCAAGCUUAAAGAUACCACUGUGUGGUACAGACUAGCCAUUCAGUCUGAAUGGUGCUCUACUCCUCAGGUGCCUCACGGCGGCUUCUUGGCAUCCCUUCUCCUUUCGGCCCUUCUCGAACAUCAGCAAUCGCAGCAGCAUCCGGAUCCAUACACGCUUUCGUACGACUUUCUCAAAGUGCUCUCGCCCGGAGAAGCCUUCAUCUCGGUGACCUCUCUCGGCAAGGUUUCGGGUAGCUUCACCUCGAUUGCUGCUGAGCUAUACCAAAGCCGGAAGGAAAAGGUGUUGCUGGGCGUUAGUGUGCGCGGAAGCUUCGUCAACCUUUCCAAGCAGCAAGGAAAAUCGGUCCUGCCUCUACACUACGGCGCUGUGUCUAAGUUGGAGGAAGUACCAGUCCCACAUCCUCGCUCAUGGUAUCUCCCACCAUCUCAAGCUAUGAUAUCGCGUCAGUUGGACCUUCUGGUCAAGCUCGAAACACAGCGUCGUCCGUUCUCGGACUAUUUUGUUCGCUUCCACCCUGAUGACGUCGACACUCCUCAACAGGAGGACUAUUCUGAGGAGCACGCUUCUGCAGACCUGCAGUCAUCCCCGCACUACUGCAAAGGAAGCAGAAUUUUGCCGCUUCGUUCAUCUCACUCGAGACGCAUUGACGCUAAGAGCAUUCCGAUGUUUGGUGAUUUCCGUCGACCUGCUUAUGAAAACGUUAUCAAGCAGGAUCCUUGCCACCCUCACGAUGUGCCCACUCGCAAAUUUGCCUUUCCCACGCUUCAAUACACCAUCCGAUUCUUGGCCAAGGUCCCUCACGACACCGAGUGGCUCCACACACAGUGGAGGGAAACCGUGGUAGAUGGAAGGAUCAUCUCGGACGUCUACAUCACCACUGAGCAGGGAGCCGAACCCGUGGCUAUCUGUCAGCUCGACAGCCUCAUGUUUGAUAUGCAGUGGGCACUGUCCACGAUGCCAUCUGCCGAAAAGUCAAAAAAGUCUCCCGAAGCAUCGCAGCUGUAG